AUGUCAACCUCUUCGUCGGAGUACCGUGUAGAGGGUCAACUUGGCCUUGACGAUGAAGGCGUUUCUUUUGAAGACGCUCGCCAACAGCUCCACGCGGCGUUCCUCAACGUUGAGAAGAACUUAAUAGCCGCUGGAGCCAAGGAUGGCUGGAAAAACGUUUAUAAAUGCGUUGCAUACCAUAGCCCCAACUUGAGUGAGGAGCGACUUGGUAUCUACGCCAGCCUCAUCCGGGAGUUUUGCGGCGCCAAUAGGCCUUCGCAGACAUCUGUUACCGUCCCUGAGUUGUGGCAGGGUGCAAACAUCGAGAUCACCGUUGAAGCAAUAAUUCCGGCGUAG